CCGAGCGUGCAGAAGUUUUUUAGCAAUCGAAUCGCGUCUCUAAAAUGCAACUGUUCCUUCUACUCCUCCUGGGAGCCUUGGGCUAUUCGUUGGCCUAUCCGCGCAGCUACAGUUACGAGUAUCCCCGCAGAAGGGCCUACUCAGCCUCGUCGUACGCCGGUAAUUCGUACAGCUCCCUGGGAGGUCGGAAAGCCAGGGAGGAGAGCACCACCACCACCAGUACCACCACCAAAUCGGACAAGGAGAAUGCCAAGUUUGCCGGAGCCUCCAAUCAGGAGUUGGACGAGGUCGGCGAUGAACGCACCCUGCUGCUGAAGAAGAAACUCAAGAGGCUGGCGAGGCCCUACCUCGGAGGAUAUGGCGGAUAUGGGGGCUACGGAGGAUACGGUGGAUAUGGCGGAUACGGAGGAUACGGCGGCGGUGGCCCCUGCUCCCCGUUUGGCCGCGAUGCCAAGGGCGGGCAGAAGGAUCCCGAUGAACAGGGUCGCUUUCUGUUCGACGUGAAUGUGGUGAAAGUUUAUCCCGGCGGAUGCCGCGGCUACGGAGGAGGUGGACUCGGUGGACUUGGUGGUCUUGGCGGAGGUCUCCUGUCGGAUCCCCUCCCUCCUGUUCAACCUAUUCCAGUGCCCGUGCGUCCGUAUGCUCCGUUUGCCACCUGGCUGUCGCUCUUUGCUCCGGGAAUUUUGAACUCGGCCACAGUGCCUGGCGUCCCAAUUAGAGAUCCGCUCAGGGAUCGUCCCGCUGCGGAUGCCCAGAGCGAUCCUGAAGUGGAUCCCAACUAUGCGGCUCCUCCGCCAGUGCGACGACCGGUUCCGAAUCGUGUGUACUACGACUCCGCCGGAGCGCCUCCUGUGACACCUGCGCAACUUGUUGGAGGCGUGGCCACUACCGUGAACGGAAUCAUUCAGCAAUUGACGGGUCAGGUGCAGCCAGUUUACCAAACAGGAGCCUAUCGAUCAAGAGAUCAGCGAAGCAGCUAUGGAUAGUCAGCUAGAAACGAACUUUUAUUUAGCGAUAUGUAAUACUUUUAAUGUAAAUAGUUUAUAAGAAAUAAUAAGAUCGAUUUUACGAACGAA